UCGCCGCACCCACCGGAGGCUGGAGAUUCUUGAACAUCCCUGUUGCGAUCAGCGGUACCGAGCGUUUCAGCCCCGACAUGGGGCGCGUGUGGGUGGCACCAGCCGUCUGAGUGAAGCUCCCUGGUUCCUCCUUCCAGCAGCGCGACCACCACCAUGGCCAAACAAUACGAUGUUCUCUUUCGGCUCCUGCUCCUCGGAGACUCCGGUGUCGGGAAAACAUGCUUGUUGUGCAGAUUCACCGACAACGAAUUCCACUCUUCUCACAUCUCAACCAUCGGGGUGGACUUCAAAAUGAAAACUCUGCUCAUAGAUGGUGUCAAGGUCCGGAUCCAGAUCUGGGACACGGCGGGUCAGGAGCGCUACCAGACCAUCACCAAGCAGUACUACAGGCGGGCGCAGGGCAUCUUCCUGGUCUAUGACAUCACCAGCGAGCGAUCCUUCCAGCACAUCAUGAAGUGGGCCAGCGACGUGGACGAGUACGCUCCUGAAAAGGUCCAGAAGAUCCUGGUUGGGAACAAAUCGGAUGAAGUUGGGAAGAGGCAAGUGGCCACUGAGCAAGGCAUCAAGCUGGCUAAAGCGUACGGGAUGGACUUCUUCGAGACAAGUGCCUUCACCAACAAGAACAUCACGGAGACCUUCACGCGACUGUCCGAGCAGGUUCUGGCAGCCAACAAGAAGGACCUGGACCUCCUCAGGGUGUCCAUGACUGAAGAGCUGAACCUGGCGGAUCUGGAGGAGGAGGAAGGUUUGAGUGACGGAGCGGCUGGAGGUCAGGCGAAAGGCUGCUGGUGUUGAAGGCAGGAAGGACCUGUUGGACCCUGAGAACCUCGUGGAAAGGUACGGGUGGAUUUGUGUCAGAACCUGAAACUCUCGUCUUGCUGCCUUUUGAUGACCGACUCUUUGAUUUUUAAGUAUUUAAUCAGUUAUUGAAGUAGUUGUAGUGCUGAAACGACCGCCAGAUGGCGCUAACAGCAGCACCACUGGCGUGGAAGCAGUUACCGUGGCAACCAAGAGUCUUGAUCGCUGCAGGAAACAUUUGUCAUCAUGUUAUUCUCUGAGUCGCGACCUUGAGUUGAGCACGUGGUGACGACAGGGAACUCUUGACCUUGACGUGAGAUUCAAACCUCCGAAACAAACUGUCUUGGGGUCUGGCUCACGAGUGAGGGGAGAUGGAGAUGGAAUCAGCGUUAGCAAAGGUUGGCAGACUCUGGAACGUGGUGGUCCUGAACUGCAGCCGGAGGUUUACAGUGUACAGCGGAGCGCCUGCCGUGUUAUGUUGCUCGGCGCCACACAGAGACUCGUGUCUGCAUGCAACUCGCUCUUCUGUCUGUCGUUUCUUUUCAACUUCAGUGAAGUUAACGUGCAGCUGUUGGCGCGAGCGGCUGCCUCUUUAUGGUGACGUCGUUCGGACCUCUGUUUCUUCAGAACCCGUAAAUGACCUGUGUUUGUGCUGUUGUGCGAGAGAAUGUCGGGUGAAUAAAUACCGGCUGGUAAACCAGGACUUUUCUUUCUUUUCUUAUUCACAAAACGUCAAGAAUUAUUUGUUAUUUAGGCCACUCAGGGGCAACCUAAGGUUCCAUGUUAAUCUGUGGAUGAAUUCAUCCUCAUCUCACUCCGGUUCCCUCCCACUGUCCAUAAACAGGUUAACUGAUGAGUGCACAUUGCUUGUGUCUGGUGAGUGUCUGAAGACCUGACCCUUACCCCUCUAACAGGGAGGAUAUUUGACACUGGGAACAAAAAAUACGUACCCCCUGGAAACUAAUACUCACCUUGAUCGACUUACCUCCUUGGCUGGGGGCUUGGUGCAUCCUUGACUGGCCCGUGCCUUGCUGGACUUUAUGUACCCGACCCUUAAUUUAACCUUAACCCUAAGCUUAACCUUACCCCUGCCCUGGCCCUAACCCUAACCGCUCCACGGCCCCGGCCCUAAACUUAACCAGUUCCUGACCCUGGCCCUUGUAUUUAACUCACCUAAUUUAACCCUACCUCCCCUAACCCAAUCUUGAAGGUACUUACCUCCUGCUCUGGGCCAUCUGGAGACCCUGGGAAAGCCCUGACCGUGCUGUUGCUGGGCUCCCUCCCAGCACCUUUAAUAUAAAAACCUUAUCUGCCAGUGCUGCUGGGUCAGUACUGGGGCUCAGAGUGUCCUCGAGUGGGUGGCUUCAACUUCCUCUGUACAAACGCAAAAACAAAAAUGUUAAGGUUAUGUAUAAAGAAUGUUGUUUUUCUUGUGUGAAUUGUUUUUGGGUUUAUGAUGUUGUUUUAUGCUACGUUGGAGGUCAGCUGACGACCUGAAUAUACUGAAUGACCAGGCUAUUCCAUUAAUGGAUUGUUUCUUCCCUGACGGCACGUCCAUAUUCCAAGAUGACAAUGCCAGGAUUCAUCGGGCUCAAAUUGUGAGAGAAUGGUUCAGGGAGCUUGAGGCAUCAUUUCACACAUGGGUCAGCCAGCACAGAGUCCAGACCUGAAGCCCAUUGAGAAUCUUGGGGAUGCGCUGGAGAAUGCUUUGCGCAGCCGUCAGACUCUACCAUCAUCAAUGCAAGAUCUUGGUGAAAAACUCAUGCAACACUGGAUGGACAUCAGUCUUGUGACAUUGCAGAAGCUUAUCGAAUGCGUGCUGCAAUCAAAGCUAAAGGCGGUCCAACGAAAUAUUAGAGUGGAUGACCCUUUUUUUGGUGGCGCCUUUUUUUUUGGACAGGCAGUGUAUAUAUAUAUACAGUAUAUAUAUAUAUAUAUAUAUACAGUAUAUGUCUGUAUAUAGUCCAUGCUGUUGCUUAUAGCUGCCACCAGAGGGCGCACUACCAGUGCCUUUUUAGUUUGACAAUUGAGCAUGCGCAGGUAAAAGUGCGCCGUGUGUAGUAUAUAAUUGCGGUCACGGUGCCAACAGGAGUGUUGACCGAGCACAGUGGAUCUAUAUUUGCCUGAUG